GCCCUGGCGGCCAUGGCGCCUCUCUCCAGCGCUCACAUGAUAAUGGCGAGCCCGGUUCCCUUCAACGCCCCGAACAACUCGCCACUCGUCCCAGAUGGUUCCGACUUCCCUUGCAAGGGCUCGCCCAGCGGAUCUGCUACAGUAAACCAGUGGCCCGCUGGCUCAACCCAAUCCCUCGCCUUCUCGGGCACUGCUGUCCACGGCGGCGGCAGCUGCCAGAUGAGCGUAACCACCGACAAAACACCCACCAAAGAUUCCAAGUGGAAAGUCAUUUACAGCAUCGAAGGCGGAUGUCCUGCCAACGUAGAGGGCAACCUGAAUCAGAAUGGCCCCAGCUACGACGGCACUUUCCCCUUUACCGUCCCCCAGGAUCUUCCAACCGGAGACUUGACUGUGGCCUGGACGUGGUUCAACAAGAUUGGCAACCGCGAAAUGUACAUGAACUGCGCGUCUGUUUCAGUCACUGGUGGCGCAGAUGAUGCAUCGGGUCUGGAUGCACUUCCCGACAUGGCGAUUGCGAAUGUCAACGUUCCGGGCUCGUGCGGUACGACGAAAGAGGGGGCCGACUAUACGUUUGCGAAUCCAGGCAUGUUUGGCACGACAGUUGGCGAGGGUCCAUUUAUGGAUCUUUGCGCGGGUACACCUUCGCAGCCUGGAGUGGGUCGUAGUGGUGGUGGCGGGGAUAGUGGCUCUGAUGGUGCCGCUGGGGCUUCCUCACAGGCACCAGCUGCAUCGGAUGCUGGAUCUACGAUGCCUUCAACCUUCCGUACUGUCAAGACCGUCACUGCGCCUAUGGCUUCUGUGCCCACCAAUCCAGGUGGUGUUAUGGCACCUUCCGCUUGUAGUGCCGCUCCAGCUCCCAAGCCCACGCCCGCUCAACCUUCUCAAGGCCCUGAUACAGCUUAUCCUACUGCCGCUCCAGCUCCAGCUCCAGCUCCAGCUCCAGCUCCAGCUCCAGCCCCGAGUCCCAUCACACCUCAUCCUCCAGCUGGAGCAGCCCCAGGCUCUGGAUCUUCUAGUGGCACUCCUUGCUCUACCGAUGGGCAACUCGUCUGCUCACCCGACGGCACGCAAUACGGUCUUUGUAACUUUAGAAAGGCAGUCAUGAUGCCCGUAGCUGGAGGCACAAAGUGUGUGAAUGGUACUAUUGCAAAGCGUGGUGAUUUUACGCACCGAAACCAGCGCACUGCUAUUUAA